GGAAAACGCUGUUUGUUCUGGACGGAGAACUGCACCCAGAUAAGUUAGAAGUAGUUCAUGCAGCGCGUUGAAACAUUAUGUUUUUAUCUGCAACAAAACGUUAUUCUGAUUAAACUACGGAGCUUAGUCCAGUCAACAGUUAUUCAACUGCUGGGACGAUCCGCUGAAAAACUAACGUUUCCGUUAGUCGACUCGACAGGAAGGAAUGCUAACUUAGCACUGACGUGAACGUUAGCAGCGAUCCGCCAACGGUCAGCGAACACACCAACGGCCAGCAGAGGACGGUUAUGACUGCCGUUACAUGGGUUUUGUUCAGCUGGCGUUCCGGUAAACGUUAGCUCGCUCGCAGCUUCGCCUAGGUAACGGUUAGUACCGUCUUCGUGACGCUAGCUGAGCUGAGUUAUCGUUGGGGGGGUUGGGAGACAUAUUGGUCCAAACUGGCUCAGCUGUCUCCUCCACACAGUUGACGUGUCCCUUUUGAAAUGAAGUGGGAUAACCCAGCUGCGAUGGUGCACGCGCCACUGCUGGUGACCUUUAACUGGGAGUGACGGUGUUCACUCCGUUGUUUGUCAUCCUGACCUCUCGCUUACUGAAGCGAGGAGACACGAAGUUCACAGCUCGAGACUGCCUGUAGCGAGACCGUGUGUCCAUGUCGUGUCCUCCACUGUCUUAUUCAGCAGCAGCAGCCACGUUGAACCGCUGACGGUGAGACAGCGGGGUCCAGCAUGAAGGCCCUCGGAUCCAGAGUCUCCUUCUGCGUGGGGUUCGUGGUGGGAACCUUCACCCUGUACGUGUUUCUGCGGGAGGUGUGUUUUGAGAGGACGCAGUCAGCACCGCAGGCCAGCAGCCUCGAGAAACCCCACGAGCACCAGCACGAGCUCGAGGAAGAGAGCCAAGUGUGGAAGAAGGAGAGGUCUGCUCUGUUCAACCUGAGGCACCCUCAUCAUACAGGUGAGGAUAGCGCCAUGGCUGAUGAACUAUACAAAAAGGUGCGUAUUCUUUGCUGGGUGAUGACUGGACCCAACAACCUGGAGAAGAAGGCUCGGCAUGUGAAGUCUACUUGGAGUCGCCACUGCAAUAUUGUGGUCUUCAUGAGCUCUGUGGAUGACCCUGACUUCCCCACGGUGGGCUUAGGCACAAAGGAGGGUCGAGACCAGCUGUACUGGAAAACAAUCCGGGCCUUCCAUUAUGUUUACGAGCACCACGGCAACGAGGCGGACUGGUUCCUAAAGGCAGACGACGACACCUUUGUAAUUGUAGACAACCUGCGUUGGAUUCUUUCAAACCACACGCCGGAGGAGCCGAUUUACUUUGGCCGAAGGUUCAAGCCCUACACCAAGCAGGGCUACAUGAGUGGCGGUGCGGGCUAUGUGUUGAGCAGAGAGGCUCUGCGGCGAUAUGUAGAAGGAUUUAAAAGCAAAAUUUGCACUCACACUACCUCUGUAGAGGACCUCGCAAUGGGGCAGUGCAUGGAGAAAGUUGGAGUCCUGGCAGGAGACUCCAGAGACACUAUGCACAGGGAGACAUUUCACCCAUUUGUCCCCGAGCAGCAUCUCACUUCCAAGUUUCCCAAGAGCUUCUGGUAUUGGAGCUACUGCUACUACCCAAUCUCAGAGGGACCAAACUGCUGCUCGGACGUGUCUGUGUCAUUCCACUACGUCGAUGCUUUACACAUGUAUUUAUUGGAGUACUACACGUAUCACCUGCGUGCCUUUGGCUACAGAUAUCGUUACCAGCCACCUGUCCCGCUAGGGUACAAUAUUGACCAGUCAAGUUCCCUGGAUGCUGCAGAAGGAAAAAAAGAGAUUAGUUCUCAAGAGAAAGGGCAGGAAAAGGGGGAUGAUCCAUCCAGGAUUGACAAGGGGCAGGAAAUAGAUCCCCCUCCUGCUGCUGGUAAGGAUGCUCCUGCUGUUCCAGCAGGCAAAUAACAGUUGGACUGUGUGAGUGCGUGAAGGAAGCUGCUGGUGUGAAUCGCAACUGCAAGACAGGUCUUAAGGCUAAGAGGUGAUUUAUGACUUACACUUACCUUUUUUUAGGUUGUUUUACAGCUGAACAUCUUUAGAAGUUAGCAAAGCUUGCUGUUACCUGCACUCAUUUGUUAAUUAACUAAAGCACCUUUUUAAUCCAUAUGAACCUAGUAUGUUCCACAGCCAGUUUAGUUACAUUUCCCCAAAAUUUUUAUCUGUUUCUUGACUGUUGCAAAUCCAUCGAAACAACCUGACCUAUCACUCUCUACAGCGAGGUAGCUCGUGGUUUGCUUGCCUUGUUUGACCUACUUUCACACAAAUGACUAGAUGCCUUGGUAGCCAAUGUGACCCAAAUAGAUGUCAAGAGCUGAUCAGACGGAGCAGCAGUUGGACAACAUUUUUCAAAUUGAAUUUAAAUCAAAGUGCCUCACCUUGCCCAUUAAUCCAACACCCCUUUGUCUAUAGUGAUUCAGGUAUUUCAUUCGAACAUACUGCGGAUAACCAGACUGCAUUCAGAAGCAUGUUCAUGAUACAGGCAUGUGUAAAGUUAUGUACACCAUCUGUGGAGGACUUACUCCCUUUUCAUUUGAUUGUAUGCAGCAGUGUCUCGGAGAAGAUUGAUUUCAUAUGAAAUUAAGUCUUAUAUUUGUCUCAAAUUGUUUUAUUAACACGACUAGGGCUACAACUUUCCAUUAUUAUUAUUAUUAAUUAAUAAUUAAUUUCUCAACUUACUAAUUGUUUGGCCCAGAAAAUGGUGAAAAAUGCCUGUCAAGAUUUUCUAAAGUCUUCAAAUAAUGUUUUAUGACCAACAAUGGAAAAACACAUAAAUGAUCAAUUUAUUACUUAUAAGACAAAGAGAAGCUGCACAUCCUCUUAAGAAAAAUGUUAUGUUUGAAUGGUUGAGUAAAGGCUUUAUCAAUUAUUGUAUUAGCAAAGUACUCAUAGCUUUCAGCUGCAUAAAUGUCAUUGUGAGAGUGAAGGCUGUUUCAGCUGUGAUCUUGCAGCCUUAGUGAAAUAUUAUGUGACUAGAAAAAGACAAAUACUUCAUACUCAUUCCUUUCCCAAAACUAGGUCUUAACCCCCCCCCCCCCCUACACAAAAUACAGAUAUGAAGUUAAUUUUGACAGGUAACCAUUGUUUGGAUGAAUUCAUAUCUCUCCUGGAAUUAGACAUACAUUGAUGUGAGCAUGAUGCUUUUACAUUAAAAGUGUUAUAAGUAAAAAAUUAUACCUACCUGUGCUUCCUGAAACCGGCACUGGAUACGCACACACUUCAGAUUUCCCCUCAUCUCUCCCAUCAGCUUGUGCCUUGUCAAUUUGAGAUUGUAUGAUUCAUCAGCUGCACACAUGACUUUGCACUGUGACAUUACCAUGAUGAGAGUGAAGCUUUCAGAUGGAGUACAAUUUUAUUGAAUCCUUCCAAUGUAAUGAGAAUGGCCAUUGAGAAAGCCAGCGGAUGACUUGUUAAUGUCAGCGUUUUUGAAAGAGCAAGACUUUUUCUCUUGUAUAAUUUUAAUUUCUACAACGUGGUUUGAUUCUUAAAUUCUGGGUGGGCCAGACCUUUCGUUUUGUAGUUAGUUCAUUGUGCAUAUUCAAAAGUAUUCAUAACAGUUCCUUUAUUACUUUGCAACCAAACAAAGAAUACAUUUUGUGGGUGAUUAAGUAAUUACCAAAUAAAGAAACUGGCUUCAGGAAUCAGGCAGGAUUCAGUCAGACAACAACAGAUUUGUUGUUUAAGUGAAAAUUCAAUGCACUUUUGAGGGUUUGUAAUUGCUGUUUAUAUUUUUAACCACUUAAACCUCUUGUUCUCUUUCAAGGUAAAACAUGUAUGAGGUAAUGGCUUUUGUACGUGUUUACACUCAGUUUCAUUCUGUACAUGAACACAGAGCAUGUUCAGUUUGUUUACUUUUUAUUAAAAUGGAAAAAUCCAGUUUCAACCAAAUCAGCAUGUUUUACACAAUUGCUUCCUUUGAAAUUCAUUUUAAUUUGUACAACAUUUCAGUAGCAAAGGACUUUGGUGCAGAUUCUUACUAUCAGUUUUGGUUUCUGAUGCCAGUGAUGCCACACAUCCAGUCCUCGACAAUCUACUCCAACAUUCAAAUUUGAUCUAAGGGAAACAUGUACAGUGCUGUAUUUAUAUUUGAAAUGUAUUUAUGUUGAUGUUGACGUCUAAAUUGGGUCAAUACACUUUAUUGUGUAAAUUAAUUUUGUGUGACCACCACAUGUGAUCAGUGUGCAGGAUCGUUUUCAGUGAAUGGAUCUUUAUUCACUAUAAAUAA